AUACAUGCACAACACAAAUGCAGACAUCAUGCCUGCAAACCCACUCCAGCUUUCUCGUGACAGAGCUCACAGGCCAAUAAAUCUACACCCUUCACCAUCUUUCACGCAUUUCCCACAAAUCUUUUUCCAAACCCCUUCUGCAUAAUCACUAAUCACCCAAUUGGGUACUCUAAACUUCAAUCUUUUUCCUCAUUCACCAUUAAAACUAAUAACAAUCUCAGUGUUUCAUACAUCCCCUGUUCAAGAUUCUUCCACAAGCUUUCUUGGAAACUUCAAUUUGACCCCAUUGAGUAUAACAAUUUAUAUAAAAAUCCCAAGAGGGUUUUUUUAACCUCAGAUCAUCAUAAUAUUUUGUGGGGUUGGUGAAAGUUUGUGUCUUGAAGAUGGAUUACUGUUGUACAAUGAUAAAUAAGGGUACCCUUUUGCCAAAAAUGUGUGGGGGUGAUGGGGGUUUAAGAAAUGGAGAUGAAGGGUUUUGGGGGGAGAAGAUUAGAGGGAGGUUAAACGGUGCCGUUUGGGUUAAUCAUGUGCAAAAAAGGUUGGGUUUUCAGAAGCAGAUUAGGAAGGUUACAAAACCUGGGGUUGCUUUCUCUGUCAUCACAUCAGAUAGUGGCAAAGAGACCUUAGUUGAGACACUGACAGCACCAAAGUUUGAGAGAAGAAGAAUUGAUCCAAAAAAUGUGGCGGCGAUCAUACUCGGUGGUGGUGCAGGAACUCAACUCUUCCCUCUUACGAGCAAAGCCGCUACUCCAGCUGUACCUGUAGGAGGAUGCUAUAGACUUAUAGACAUCCCAAUGAGCAACUGUAUAAACAGCAGUAUAAACAAAAUCUUUGUUCUAACUCAGUUCAAUUCCGCUUCACUUAAUCGUCACAUUUCCCGUACUUAUUUUGGCAACGGUGUGAACUUCGGGGACGGUUUUGUGGAGGUGUUGGCUGCUACUCAAACAUCUGGCGAAACGGGAAUGAACUGGUUCCAAGGAACUGCAGAUGCCGUGAGGCAAUUUACAUGGGUUUUCGAGGAUGCCAAGAACAAGGAUAUUGAGGAUAUACUAAUCUUGUCGGGUGAUCAUCUUUACCGUAUGGACUAUCUUAACCUUCUGCAGAAUCACAUCGACAGAGACGCUGAUAUCACCGUUUCUUGCGUGCCGGUUGGUGAAAGUCGGGCAUCUGAUUUCGGACUGUUAAAGUUUGAUAACAAGGGUAAAGUCGUCCACUUUGCUGAAAAACCGAAAGGCGAAGAUUUGCAUGCAAUGCAGGUUGAUACGACUUUACUUGGCUUAUCACAACAAGAGGCGGAAGAAUCACCGUAUAUUGCAUCAAUGGGUAUUUAUGUGUUCAAAAAAGAUGUUUUGUUUAAACUGCUAAGAUGGAGAUACCCGACAUCUAAUGACUUCGGAUCCGAAAUUCUUCCUGCUGCCGUGACGGAACAUAAUGUGCAAGCGUAUUUGUUUAGAGAUUAUUGGGAGGAUAUUGGAACGAUUAAGUCUUUUUAUGAUGCGAAUUUGGCUCUUACAGAUGAGGUACCGAAGUUUCAGUUUUAUGACCCGAAGACUCCGUUUUUCACUUCUCCAAGGUUCUUGCCACCAUCCAAGAUUGAAAAAUGCAAGAUAAAGAAUGCAAUUAUUUCACACGGUUGUUUCUUGAGAGAAUGCAGCAUCGAACACUCGAUAGUGGGCGAACGCUCACGAAUCGACUCAGGGGUCGAGCUCAAGGACACACUAAUGUUGGGGGCAGAUUAUUAUCAAACGGAAUCCGAGAUUGCGUCUUUGCUGGCUAAUGGAAAGGUCCCAAUCGGGGUCGGAAGUAACACGAAAAUCAGAAACUGCAUUAUAGAUAAGAAUGCAAAGAUUGGAAGUGAUGUGGUGAUCAUGAAUAAAGAUGGUGUCGAAGAAGGUGAUAGAGCGGAUGAAGGAUUCUACAUAAGAUCUGGGAUUACAAUCAUAUUGGAGAAAGCUACAAUCAAAGAUGGUGUUGUUAUAUGAAACAUGAAGCUCUUUUCUUUCUUGCUUUUGUGGUGGAUGGAUGGAUGGAGGGUAAAGUACAAGUAAUGAUGCAGAGAGUACAUGUUUAUCCUCCAUGUGACCAAGUUCAAGUGGGGUGCCCAUGGGUGAUGUUGGUUGGACCCUAGGGUCAAUGGUUGUAACCAUACAUAGGGCCACAACACAUCAUCCCUUUUUCUUGUAAUAAAUAUUACUAUGUAUUAUAUUUAUGAAAACAUUUGAAGCCACUUAUUAGAUAUGGGAAUGUUUUUAUUUUACUCGUA